GUUUUUAAAUUACAUGGCAGCUAUAGAAUAUAACAACAAUGAUAAACAGAUGCUACACGCAAUAUAUAAAUGUAUAUGGUGUCCAAAGUAGAGAGGGAUUUUGUAGGCAUUAGAAAAAAUGAUCAUUGAGCUAUCCUUGUUUGCUAUCCUCUUGUUUUUGGCUUUCUUCACAAGGAAACAAUGGCACCACCAGCUUCCUCCAAGCCCUAUGGCUUUACCGAUUAUAGGUCAUCUCCAUCUUCUUGGACCACUAAUUCACCAUUCCUUUCGCGACAUAUCAUCUCGAUAUGGUCCUCUUAUUUAUCUCAGGCUUGGUUCUGUGUCAGUUGUUGUAGCUUCCACCCCAGAACUAGCCAAAGAACUCCUCAAAACUCAUGAACUCACCUUCUCUUCUCGCAAGCAUUCUAUAGCCAUCGAUCGACUUACCUAUAACUCCUCUUUCGCCUUCGCUUCCUAUGGUCCUUACUGGAAAUUCAUUAAAAAGAUAAGCACUUUUGAGCUCUUAGGCAACCGAAUGCUUAACCAAUUUCUGCCCAUCAGAAAACAAGAACUGCACCAUUUUCUUGGAGUAUUCUACAGCAAAUCCAAAGUUGGUGAAAGUGUUAAUAUCACUCAAGAGCUGAUAAAAUUAUCCAACAACAUAAUCUCCCAAAUGAUGUUGAGUAUGAGAUCUUCUGAUACGAAUGGUGAAUCUGAGAUUGCAAGAACGGUGGUGCGAGAGGUAACACAGAUUUUUGGAGAAUUUAAUGUAUCUGAUUUUAUAUGGUUUUGCAAAAACAUAGAUUUUCAGGGUUUUCGAAAGAGAAUCGAAGACAUAUAUAACAAGUAUGAUGGGUUGCUCGAGAAACUCAUCACUAGCCGUGAACAGCUGAGGAAGAAGAACAGAAGCAAUGAAGUAGUGCACGAGGCCAAAGAUUUUCUUGAUAUAAUGCUUGAUGUUAUGGAGGAUAAGAAUGCUGAGAUAAGGUUAACCAGAAAUCAUAUCAAGGCCUUGUUUUUGGAUUUCUUCACUGCAGCAACUGAUACAACGGCUAUUACAAUUGAAUGGGCAUUGGCAGAACUGAUCAACCAGCCGAAAGUUCUUGAGAUAGCUCGUGAGGAAAUUAAUAAGGUUGUAGGAAAUGGCAGAAUUGCUCAGGAAUCAGACAAUCCCAAUCUUCCGUAUAUACAAGCCAUUUUGAAAGAAACAUUUCGGUUACACCCACCAAUCCCUAUGGUUGCCAGAAAAUCAAUUCAGGAUUGCAAGAUUAAUGGGUAUACAAUACCAGCAAAUACUUUGCUAUUUGUGAACAUGUGGUCUAUUGGAAGAGAUCCCAAGUACUGGAAAAACCCUUCACUGUUUCAACCUGAAAGGUUCUUGAAAUCCAAUAUUGAAGAUGACCUCUCUAGCUCUAUAGAUAUCAGAGGCCAACAUUUUCAAUUUUUGCCUUUCGGCACUGGGAGGAGGAGCUGCCCUGGAAUUUCUUUAGCCAUGCAAUCUUUACCUACAACACUUGCAGCUAUGAUUCAGUGCUUUGAUUGGAAGGUGGUUAAUCCCCCUGGAGUGGAGCUUAACAUUGGUGAUCAUCAUCAUGUUCUUGAUAUGACUGAACGCCCUGGAUUGACUGCUCCAAGAAUCCAUGAUCUUGUUUGCAUUCCUGUGCCUCGUUUACCUUCAGAUGUUCUCGAUCCAGUUUGUGCCAAUUAAUGGGAUAUUUUAUGUGUGUGCUGUUUUAGUUUUUAAUGUAUUUAGAAGUAUUUAUUUUUUCUAUUUGAGUUAUUAAGAUUAUUAUGAAAAUAAUCUCUCUGCAAAAUUGGUCAAGUGUAAAAUGUUUAUACACCUUUUGAGUUAUUAGAAUUGUUAUCAUUCUAUCAUAUUAAAAAUUCAUGAUGUUGUGAUUUUUUUCUAAC